AUGACCGCUCCAGCGCAGUGCCAGCAGGUAGCGUACUGCUGCGUCGCAGUGCCUGUAGCCAUGCUGCCGCAGGGCUUUCCGGGCACGGAUGGUAGUAUGGUGAGUAUGGUGGUCAAUCAAGGCCACAUGGGAGGGCAUCACCCGCAGCAGAUGGAAGGCUUCCAGAUGGGCCACGGCUGUUACCCGGUGAUGAACCCAAGUGCGUCUCAGAUGGGCAUCGUGACCCCGAUGGGACAAAUGCAGUCGAUGAUGGGACCAAGCAACCCAGAAGCCGAUGCGUUGGAAGCAGCGCCAGCAGCCCCAGCCGCAGAGGUUGAGAGAGCCAAUGCCAGAAAGCGUUUGAUCAACCAAAAGAAAGCCUGGCCAAUCGUGUCGCAGCCUGCCAUGGAAGCAGCGAUCGAGCCGGCACCUGCCCAGCCUCAAGAAGUCAAGACAGUCAAGGCCAGAAAGCGCUUGAUCAACCAAAAGAAACCGACGCCUGCAGUGCAGAAGUCGGAUUCGGACAGCGUGCCCAGUGCCUCCAGCCGGCCACCUAUUCCGCCGGACGGUCUGGAGGAAUUCCCAACUUUGGCUGAGAGUCGCUUAAGGGGUCGGAUGGGAGGUCGAGACGUUUGCCAUCCUUUGACCCUUCCUGGGCAGGUUUACAGUUCCACCAUCAAGGCCUUGAAUUUGUCACCCACAGCCAAAGAGGCCACAGCUGCCAAAGCACCAAAGCGGCUCCAAUUGGCACCCUUGCGGGGUGAGGUGAAUCAGAAGCCUGUGUCAAAGGUGCUUGGACCUUCGCCCGUGCCAGUUUCUCCACAGUCGAUGAAUUCCGCGGCGUCUUCGCCCAAGUUGCUGAACAUUGAGCUGGACGGCGGUGCCUCUGACGUGAUGGAGGAGCCAGUGAUUGAGGCGGCUGUGUGCGAGCAGGAUGUCAACGUGGUUUUCAGCAGAGACGCCAUGCUCCGAAUCUAUCGGCAGAUGCACUCCGCUCGGGCCCUGCGCUUUGCUCCGCCCGGAGCACGCUGGACGCUUCGCACGGAGGACGCUUCGAGGAGCACGGAUCCAACGGUUCCCAAGGAAGCUUGUGAUCGAGCAAUCUUUGGCACCCGCAAGAAGACCAGGGGUGGUCCAAAGGAGGAGUUGCACUUGCCUCCACUAUCGGAGAAUGCUUGGAAGAAGGAGGCACCGGUGGAUCGGAAGGAAGAGCUUCAACGCAAUGUUCGAAGCUUUUUGGGCAAGAUCGGCCACAUGCUGGACAGCGAGCUGGAGGAUUUCGUGGAGCCUUUGGCCAGCAACAGGCCCGACACCGUGGAGGAGCUCAAGGCAGUCGCCAGCACCAUGUUCGAAGUUGUUCUCCGUGGACCUUCCUACUGCAAGAUCUAUCUUGACGUGAUCGUCUCCCUCCAAGGAAUGUUCCCUGAGUUCACCGAGCUUGAGCAGCCCGUGACCUUGGCUGACGAUUUGCGGAGAAGGUGUAUGGAAGAGUUUGAUGCCAUGCCUACAAGCUUCGACGCUUCAUCCGAGGAGUUGCAGAUGAAGCUGAAUCGCGAAAAGGGCCUGAUGAAGGCCAACAUGAUUUUCAUGGGCCACCUCUUCUUGCGCCAGCUUCUGGACCUCAAGGCCGUUGAGCAAGUGGUCCAUGAUCUGCUCAGCGCAUCUGUGGACGUCCUGGCGAAAGCAGAGCACAAGAUUGAGUUUGCUUGCGAGCUCUUGAAGGCCAUUGGCGAUGGAACCCGUGGAAAGAAGAAGUUGUUGCGCUGGUUCAAGGUCUUGAAGGAUCUUCAACAAGCGGAGGACCUGUCGAAGCGCAUCCGGACCGUGAUCGUGGACCUUCUGGAUUUGAAGAAGAACAACUGGCCGCAACCGUUGGAGACCAUUCCGAAGGCUCCCAAGAAGGAAGAGGACAAGGUGGUCAAGAUGUACCAGUACUUCAGAGACGACAAAGAUGGCAGCUUAUUGGAAGAAGACUGGAAGAACGCCAAGUUCAGCACAGAUGACUCCAAAGAAGCGAUCGUGAAGUUGGUGAAGUUGGUCUUCAAGCAGGAGAAGGUCAAAGAGCGUGAAGCCGUUGCCCUGUUGCUGGCAGAGUUGAUUGCCCGACAGCUCGUCUCAUGUGAUGCCCUCCAGGAGGUGUUGCAGCUGCUCAUCGCACCCCUGGAGACCUGGAGAAAGGAGGAGUUGCGCGAGGACAUUUUUGGCCGGACGCUCCUGAGACGAGUGCGCUGUGUGAAAGAGCAGCUUUGGUGCUUUGCCCCACGCCAGCGUGCAAGUGUGCUUGAAGCGGAGGGAAGUGAGUUGGUAGACCGCGUUGAAUGGGCCAACCUGGACAACUACCGCGUUGGGGAUGUGGUUCGCUACAAGCCCAAGGGGCAACGGGGGACUGGAUAUGACUAUCCUCUGAACUAUGGCAAUUUGGAGUGCAAGGCACACGACCUGGGGCUCCCGCCCUUUUGCGAUGGAAACGCGGCGCCCGCCUGGUGUGCGCAGAAGUGGUGCUACGUCGACAAGAACGCUUGCAGCAAUGCGGUGCCCUAUCGUAGCAAGUUGUUCGAGAACUCCGACGCGUACUACAGCUACCAGACCUGCGGCGAGUCCAACGAGUUCAGCCAAUGGAACAGCGGCAGCAGUGGCAGCACUUCCAGCCAAGUGACGGAGCUGCUGGACGUGGUGCAAGGCUACUUGUGGAGCACGCGGAACCGGGUCGAGACCGAGUACAGCAAUUUGAGACAAAGCGAUGGAUGCGAAUUUGCUAAUCAAUGUCCAUGUUUAGAAUGCUCUCAGCAAAGCUCUUUGUGGAACCGCAAGACCGACUUCGGCAACGUGGGCGUGAAUGCCAAAGAUGCGAGCUUUCAGUGCUUGUCGCGUCCAGUGACGCAGAGCUACAUGAACGUGGCCGCCAAGGAGGGAAGUCCUUACGAACGCGUGGGCUAUAUCUACUUUUCGGAUCACGAAAGCGGAAGCUAUUUGGGAUGGCCCGCAGUGGAGUGGUGCCCUGCUGCAAGCUAUGACCCCCGGUUGCGCCCAUGGUACUCGUCGGGCUCCACGGGACCUAAAGACGUAGUCAUCGUCAUCGACGUGAGUGGCAGCAUGCAAGCGUCGGGGAGGAGCACCAAGGCCAAGCAGGCGGCCAAUGACUUGAUCAACACCUUGGAAUGGAAGGACUUUGCCGACAUCAUUCUCUUCAACGGGGGCAUCGUGGCCGAGUAUGCGCCGCAGGGACUGGUCUCCAUGACCGACUCCGAAAGAAAGAACAUGCAAGCAUGGUUGAACAACCACAAUUGGGAAUCGGGUGGCACGAACUUCAAGGUAGCUUUGAAUGCGGCCUUCAGUGUCAUCAGCAAGAGCGUGAGCUCUGGAAGUACUUCGAUGUGUCAAAAGGCCAUCUUGUUUCUGACCGAUGGCGAGGCCGACUUCUCCGAAAGCGACUUCUCUUCGACUCGCGCGCAGGCGGAGCAACAUAGUGUUGCAAUCUUCACUUAUGCCUUGGGCUCUGGUGCUGACACCACCAUCACCAAGCGUUUGGCCUGUGAGAACAAAGGCAUGUUGGGCGGCUGGUGGCGCGACGUUUGGGUUCGCGAUGGUUGGGCUGGUCUUUUUGGGAGGAAGUGGGACGUUUUAGAUAGCAGAGCUUUCCCCUUGGAAGAACUACAGAGGGCCUUGCUCAGAGGAGGUGUUUAUUUCAGGGUGCUUCAGAUUGUGGGUAGCUUCUGA